AUUAUUUCUUGCAAUUAGUCAAAGUGCAAUGUUCGUAGGUUGGACAAUAUCUGGAAUCUAUAGAAGCAACGACAAAGAGUUGGCCCUUUAUAUAAACAAUACGCAGGUAUUACUUCUAAUAGGAUUGUCAUAUGCAAUAACUAUUGAUGCGGAAAUAGUGAGAGUAAUUGAAGGUAGAAGGCCAUCAGUCAGUUCCAAAUCACUCAAAAAUAUAACACGAUAUUCUAGAAAUGCAUAUGUUCCUAAUAAAAAUAUCCAAUCAUUUCAGACAUCGUCUAGUGAGUCUUCAAACAAUGCAACAAUAGUUGAAUCAUUUGAUAAUAAUAAUGAUGUUAAAAUUACUCCUAAAGAAGAAAAUCAAAAUCCAUCAGUUAAUAAAGGAUCAUCAUUUGACGAGUGGGGAAAAAUUGUGACAGAUAGAAGACUUACCAAAGAAUACGAUGGUUUAGUAGUAAAUGAAGGCGAAAUAAAAGAACAUCCUGUUAAUAUUACUAGUAAUAAUGUUAUAAUUAAUCAGGAAGAUCAAGGGAUAGUAAAUGAAGGUGAAAUAAAAAAACCUUCUGUCAAUAUUACUAGUAAUGAUGCUAUAAUUAAUCAGGAGGAUCAAGAAGGGAUAGUAAAUGAAGGUGAAACAAAAGAACCUUCUGUCAAUAUUACUAGUAAUAAUGCUAUAAUUAAUCAAGGGGAUAGUGAUGAUGUUAAAGAUAGUGCGUGA